CCAACCGAUAAGUGAUUACCCCCCGGUCCUCCCUUCUCUCUCGCGCUCUCGCUCUCUCACCCAAAGUAAGGCUUCUCCCUCUUCUCAGGAGGCCAGAAUGGAAAUAAGGGUAUCUCCACUGGGCAUUCUUCUAGGCAUUGCUUCUCUCAUGGCGUCCUGUUUUACAUCGGAAGCAGUUGGGUCGUUCUCGUUUCAAGAUAACUUCGAUAUAAUGUGGUCUGAGGACCAUUUCAGUACCUCCCAAGAUGGACAGAUCUGGUAUCUCUCUCUCGACAAAGAUACAGGUUGCGGGUUCCAGACGAAGCAGAAAUACAGAUUUGGGUGGUUCAGCAUGAAGCUCAAGUUGGUAGGAGGCGACUCUGCCGGUGUUGUCACGGCAUAUUACAUGUGUUCGGAUCCAGGAGCUGGGCCUGAGAGGGAUGAACUAGAUUUCGAGUUCCUGGGAAACAGAACAGGGCAGCCCUACACAAUACAGACUAACGUUUACAAGAACGGGGUUGGAGGGCGUGAGAUGAGACACAUGCUCUGGUUUGACCCCACCGAGGACUUCCACACCUACUCCGUUCUCUGGAACAACCAUCAAAUUAUAUUCUUCGUGGACAGAGUGCCCAUAAGGGUGUAUAAGAACACAGAGAAAUCAAACAAUUUUUUCCCCAAUGAGAAGCCCAUGUGGAUCUUCUCAAGUAUAUGGAAUGCAGACGAUUGGGCAACAAGGGGUGGGCUUGAGAAGACAGAUUGGAAGAAAGCCCCCUUUGUCUCCUCCUACAAGGACUUCAGUGUCGAUGGUUGCCAGUGGGAAGAUCCUUACCCUGCUUGUGUUUCUACCACGACCCAGAAUUGGUGGGAUCAAUACGAAGCUUGGCACCUCUCAGAUUCUCAGAAGGAGGACUAUGCUUGGGUUCAGAGGAAUCUGGUUAUCUAUGAUUAUUGCAAGGACACUCAGAGGUACCUUGAGCAACCAUGGGAGUGCUCCAUAAGCCCCUGGGAUUGAUGACACUCAGAGAUAAAUAACACAUAGAUUCUUUAUUAGUUUUUCCUUUUUCAAUUUUUCUUUCAGUUAUUCAUAUUCAUAAAUAGUUAAGGUAUUUUUGGGAGGUUCUUAGUACUGAUUUUUUUUAUGGAUAGAUAGUAAUUAUUAUUUGUAACUCUCCAAAUGGUAUAUAU